AACAAAGUAAAAAAUAAAAGCAGUUUCAAGUAGCAUGUAAAAUGGAGUUCACGCGUGUUGAGAGCGUCUCUCUCUGGAACCCUCGUUGCAGACUCACGCGGAAGUAUGGAGGGCUUCGAUUCUGGUUUUGAGCUGAAGGUUUGUCUCGAUUCGCAUUCCUUGUUGCAGGUUAGUUUUCGGUGCCGUAUCAAGAAUACCGAUUUAGGGCUUCAUAGCCUCAAAUCGAUUUCACGCGCAGAGGACUGUCUCGAACGACUUGGUCAUCGUUUUGUUGUUAGGUGCUCUUUGUUUUCAGAUUACCCUGUGUAUGCGACGAACUGGGCCUUGCUGGCUACUGUUAUUCACUAUCGCUGUUUUGAAGAGGGGGAUUUAUAAUCGCCGCCUAUUGUUCACUGUCAUCCUUUUCUGGGAUGGUGCGGAACAAACCGGGGACGGGAGUGACGCCUAUUGCCACCAGGUCGUCAUCCAGAUUCAGUGUACUGGAAACCAUGGCUGAGGAUUUUCCGGCUCUAAAUGCUGAUUGUUUGCGGACUGGUAGCUCAGGCAAAGCUGCUACUGCUAAGGCUAUUGAGAGUGCAGCUACUUUGCCUAAUAAGAGUGUUACUGAUAAGCCUAUUGCGAGUGUUGCUGCUAAUAAUGAGCUUACUGCUGGUAAAUUGGCAGUAACACAUGCUGGAACUGCAAACAUAGGAAUACCUCUUGCUGAGGAACUCCUUCCUGGGAAAUCUGCAGACAAGGCUAAUGUCCCUGCAGUAACAAUCAACUCAGAAUGCAACAAGGAAGAUACCAAUGAACCAAAUAGGAAGCAAUGGAGUACACUGUUUAAAGACAACCGAGCUCCUACCGAAGGGCUUAAACUGAGGUAUAUUCCACCAACCAGUGAUUUUCUGGAUUUUUCAGACCGUGUGCUACCUUCAAUGGUGGAUAUCUUUGGCUACUGUCUGGUGGGCUUUUUUACCGGAAGGUUUCCUGGUUUAAAGGCAACCUAUAGCCUUGCAAAAAAAUGGGGAGUACACUGUGAAAUCAAACCACAUGAUAAGGGAUGGGUUGUUUUUAAAUUCAAGAGCGAAGCUGAUAGGACUAAGGUUAUGCUUGAGGGACCUUAUAUCCUCUUUGGGAAGCUAUUGGUUUUGAAGGUUCUGUCUGAUGACUUCUCAUUUGAAGAUGAAGAGUUCUUGAAGGUGCCGAUUUGGAUUAAAUUCCCUAAGCUCCCUGUGAGGCUGUGGAAUGAGGAUACUAUUAGCGAAGUUGCCUCUAUGGUUGGAGUUCCUCUCACCACGGAUAGGAUAACGCUUGAAAAGGCAAACCACAACUUCGCUAGAGUAUUGAUUGAAGUGGACGUGACAAAGCCACCUCCCCUCUCAUUUCCAAUCAAGAUGACAUCAGGAAGGACUUUUGAGCAACGGGUUCUCUAUGAAACGUUUCCGAACUACUGUUUCCAUUGCAAACAAUACGGACACCAUCCUUUCAUUUGCAAGAAACUAGCAGCAAAAGGAAAAGCUGAAAUCAGUGAACCAGAAAAAGUUGAGGCUAUUUUAAUAGCUAGGGAACCCGCCACGAAGGCUAUUGAGGCUACGAAGGCCAUUGUGGUGCAAGAUAUGGUGGACCCGGAAGGGGAAUUUGUGGAAGUUCGUAGGCAGAAAGGAAAAAUGAUUGCAAAGCUGGUGACACCUUCUGUUGCUGCUGUUUUACAACCUGCAGCUGGGCCAAAAACUGCUGCAAUUUCCCAGGCUGCACUUACUGCUGCUGAGGAUUCACCUGCACCUGCUGCUGCUAUCCCUGCUAUCCCUGCUGCACCUGCUGCUGCUAUCCCUGCUGUACUUGCUGCUGCAAUUGCUCAUGAGCUUGACAAACAUCCUGCUGCUGCUCAUGAGUCGCAACCUGCUGCUGCUAUUCCUGUUAAACCUGCUGCUGCACCGUCUACUGCUGCGCAUGAGAAGGUGGAAUCUGAUGUGCUGCAAAUGAAACCUACUGCUGGGAUGGAAUCUGAUGUUGUGCUGGCUGCUGAUGCGCUGGAGGCGCAUGUGACUGCUGCACGGGAAACUGAAGCAAUUGAUGCGCACGACAAGAUUGCUAAGGCUAAUGAGGCUCUCCGGCUUUCAUUGGUUAAACUUGCGGCGGAAUAUGCUGCCAAUAAAAAUAAAAGAAAAUCCAAGAAAGGAAAAGAGAGAUAAACAACCACUUGCCGUGCAGUUUGAUGACUGUUUUCGAAACAUGGUUCUUAUUUCUAAUUGUGAUGCAUUAUAUCUAGUUAGAUUAUUCUAGCUUAGAUACUCAUUGAUUCACUUUGAUACAUUGUAAAAUGUUAUUUUUUGGGUGGUUUUAAUAUAUACUUACAUUUCAUCCAAAAAAAAAUAAAAGCAGUUUCAAAAAUAAAACAUGUUGGGCACAUUGGACUUCAGUUUAAUAGCACAUAUAUCACAGCUACUAAUGUGAAUCCAAAAACAGGAUGCAGA